AUGGACCGUAGAAUGCGCGUCUUCAAGGCGCUGACUUUAUUGAUGAUAAUCAUCUCUCCCGUCAUCGCCUUCGUAGCUGGAGCUGACGGUCCAGUUAUAUUUCAAGAGGCUUUAGAAAACGAUAACGCGACGCUUUUUUGCGACUCUACACCGGAUUCAAAUGACGAUGAACUCAUGCUCCUUGUGUGGUAUAAGGACAAUGAAUCAAUUUAUAGCUACGAUGUCCGUGUGGGAAUCGAAUGGUGUAACAGCGUUUUCAAUGCCAGCGGUAGGAUAAUUGCUAACAUGUCUGCAAGUCCUACAACGUUUACCAUCUCAGCUUUAAGAGAAAAUGAUCAAGCGCUAUACCAUUGUAGAGUUGAAUUUCUGUUAUCACCUACAAGAAACGUGGGUGUUAACUUGUCCGUAACAGUAUUACCGAGUGAGCCAUUCUUUCUAGAUGAAUUAGGAAACACAGUUAUAAAUAAAACGAGGCCUUAUUACGAAGGAGACACUUUGGUGCUUAGUUGUCUUGUAAUAGGAGGUCGGCCGCCACCAAAAAUUAGUUGGUAUUCAGGCGAAUCAUUAGUUGACGCUACUGAUAGUAUAACUGAUAUACCAAAUGUAAGGCAAAAUGAGCUCUUCCUACCUCUUUCUCGAGAUAAUGCUGAUAAACUCUAUUGCAAAGCAACCAAUACGCAACUAGUACCACCGCAAGAGUCCAGUCUUUGGAUUGAGUUAUACUUGCCUGCCAACAAAGUGUCAAUUCAUUGGAUUCGAGGGUCAUCUAAUGGAGCUCUCAAUGCUGGGAUGAUAGCCGUUGCUCAAUGCAUUGCUUACGGUUCCCAUCCGAUCCCAGACUUAAUUUGGUAUUUAGACCACAAGCGUCUUGCACCUCAUACAAAUCAGACUUGGGACGGAACCCUUCAAGCUGCAGUAUCGCAAAUCCAGUUCACCCCGAACGUUGCUGACUAUCAACGGAUUUUAAAAUGCGAGGCGAUCAAUCCAAUAAUGCCACCGGAUCGAAAUUCAAAAUCAGACGUCGUGACCUUGAAUGUGACAUUUGCCCCUUUAGUGGAAAUUGUGCAACUUGGUGACAAACAGCGAAAUGAGAUUGCGGAACUCGAUUCUUUACAUCUAAAGUGUCAGGUUAAAGCGAAUCCACCAGUAAACAAGUUUAUGUGGUAUUACAACGAUGCAGAUAUCAAAACUGGAGGUAUUUGGGGUGACAACAUCCAUUCUCAUGAAUUAAUAAUAGAAGAGGUGACGCGCAAACAUAGUGGCAAGUACGCAUGUGCGGCAAGAAAUAUAAUCGGUGAAACCAGAGCUGAUCCUAUAAAUAUUAUUGUCCUAUAUCCACCGGAAUGCAUUAAGCCUGCCAUCACACUUAUUAAAGAAACACUUACUUGCAACGUUAAAGGCUUACCGGUCCCCGAUACAUAUUUUUGGCACAUCCAUCAGCCUGAAUAUGAUUCUCAACACUUAACUACAGGCUCUGCCUCAUUGUCUCUAGAUCAGUUAUCUGGACCGUUUUCGGACUCUAUAAACGUUAGUUGUGAGGCCGAGAAUGGAAUUGCUUCUCAAGAAAGGUCGUGCACAAAGAUCAUCAAAGUAGGCCACUUGAAGCCUCCGCAGCCGCAACGAUGUGAUCUUGCAUUUGAAUAUAAAGAAUUUCAAAUAAGGUGCAUACCAGUGGAAAAUGCGACGCAUUAUGAAUUAUCGCUUUGGCGUUUGUCGACGACCAACACUUCUUUGGUCUUGGAUCAGAAAAGAUCGAUAGAAGUUGGCAACAGCCUAGCUUUGAUGCAAAACGCAAACGAGCAGUGGCUCGUUAGAGGAGAAUUAGGAUUGCUGAAAGCUGGCGAUGAAGCCAGCGCAGCUGCCUGUAACCGAUAUGGUUGUUCUGCGGCCCUGCUUUUGAGACCCACUGAGACUUUGCUGAGUGCCGCCGUACCACCUUGGUGGGAAUUUUUCACCAGGCGCGACAUGGGUAUAUCUUUUGGCGUGGUACUGUUGCUUAUAAUGUUUGUCUGUUCGACAAUCCUUGCGAUACGCUUAGUAAGAAGAACCCGGCCGAAAGCGCAGGCACCAAUCAUACAAGUGCUCCAACUCGAUGACGUCACUCGAGACUAUCUCAGCCGGACAGGAGAUAUGCACUUGCACCCGUCACGAAGUCUGAGGUCUAACAGCAGCGAUUACUCCGAUGGUGCCGAGAGUCCGUCCCUGGUGGACUGUCACUGCACGCACACCGCCCGCGACUGGGUACCGCCGCCAGACGUCACACUUACACUUCAAAGGGAAAGCGCGGUU